CUGUAGAUUUAGAGUGGAGAAAAAACAAUAACACAAACGCAAUAACAACAACAAACUGAAACAAAUUUAUUACAAAUGCAACGUAUUAACUAGCAAAACGUCCAUUCUACGCACAAUUUCAACUAAAAUUAUUUAAGAUUGAACAAAUGUGAGAGUAUUACAAUCAAAAGAAACCAAAAGUAGGAUAAAUAAUACAAAUGAAAAACAUUAAAUAUUGUGUGAAAAUUUAAAGUGGCCAUUCAACAGCAGCAGAUUGUGAUGCCAACAAACAAACAAGUAAAAAAUUGACAAUUGUUUGUGUGUGUUUGUUUUUGGUGGUCAUUUCCACAAAAUAUUUACCACUCUGCCCCUCAAAAUAUUGGGUUGUUAUUGUGGAUUCUUUUGUUUGUUUUCCAUCCAUACAUUGUACGCGCGUCAUGAUUUGAUCAAUUCACAUUCAUGUUCUUCACAGACUAAUAUCAACUCGUAUCGAAUACCAGCAGUGCGCUGCGCUAUAUUAACGUCAAAGACUGCAAUCAAAUUUUGUUUUCUUCGCUUGUUGACAUUUUGCAUAAGUUUAUUGUUGUUCAAUGCUUUGCUAAAAGAUAUAAUCAUACAUUUUCCAACAAAACGACCACACAAUUUGCAUGCAUCACAUGCAGAGCAAGAGUUACAUGAAAUAUGGAUCCACAGAAGAUUUCCGAACUAGCCAAACUCUUGAGGAAUAAUGGCGACAAAAUAUUAAGUUGUGAAUCGACAUUAACUUUAUCAGGUUCCCUUUUGCGUGCCCUCAACGAUGCCUUCACACUCAUCGUCGAUUCCCUGGAAGUGGGUGAAGUACAAAAUUUUCAAGUCCUCAAGCCGAUGAAUUCCAAGCCGCCGGUCUUUCGUGAUCUACAAUUAAUACAUGAUUUUGUGCAGAAAACCGCUCUACUAUGUCUGGUACAUUAUCCCGGUGAUGAAUAUUAUGGCAAAAUCGAUAUAUCGAAAUUUUGUGCCCUCAAGAGAUUGGAAGUGCAAAAAAUCGAUAUAAAACAAUUGGCUGGUAUCCAACGUCUGCGCGGCCAGCUGGAACAUUUGAUUUGUAUUAAAAGUAUUAAAACAGUAGAUGAUAUUAUCACACAUUGUGGUGGAGACAAUUCGAAUGGAUUUGUUUGGAAUGAGUUGAAAAAUGCCGACUUUAGUUAUAACAAUUUACAAUGUGUUGACACAUCGUUGGAAUUUGCCCAAUAUUUACAGCAUCUAAAUCUAAGGCACAACAAGUUGCAGUCAGUUAAGGCCAUUAAAUGGUUGCCGCACUUGAAGACAUUGGAUUUGAGUUUUAAUCGUCUUACGCAAAUACCCCAGUUUCACAUGGAUGCCUGUAAACGUUUGCAGUCCCUGAAUAUGAGCAAUAAUUUGCUGGAAGACCUGAUGGGUAUUGUCAAAUUGGAUGCCUUAACCGAUUUGGACUUAUCUGACAAUUUCCUGUUGGACCACACUUACCUAUUGCCGCUAAGUGCUUUAAUUACAUUGAAGUUUCUCAAUCUCUUUGGCAAUCCGCUACACUGUCAUCCCAAACAUCGUUUGGCCACAUGUCAGUAUUUGCACAAGAAUUGUUCGACGGUAAAAUUUGUUUUGGAUUUUGAAACCCUAUCGAAGGGGGAAAAAUCCCUGACUGGCACUCAUCAACUGCGGCAGGUGGGAGCAUUAAAUCGUUAUACCAUGCGCUCAUCCUCCAGCUCCAUUUCAACCACACAUGGUGGGGGUGUAACACCAAUACGUAGCUCAAAUACUCCCGCCUCCAGUGUGGGUUCAUUGAUUUCCUUCAAGUUAACUACGGAUAAUUCCUCCGAAUCUGAAGCUAAUUGUAAUGAAAUUGUAGUUAAACAAAAGAAAAAGUCUUCCAAAGUGCGUUGUGUAGAAAUUGAAGAUUUCGCACAGGAGCCGGAACUCGGCAAUAAUGGUGAAGCAGCAGAAGAUGCUAUGCAAAGUUCUGUAAUUAGUUUGGUUAAAAAUAAAAGUGUUAUACCCGAAGAAACUUGCAAGGAACAUUUGGAAACCAAACGACAAAUUGUUGAGCUAAGAGAAAAAUAUGGCAAUGAAUGGCUGCAUUCUGGCAAUGCAGAAAUAAUGAAUAACUCUCCAUCGAGCCAAGUAGUAGAUAUUGACCUAGAAAGACAAAAAUCCCGUGCAAUGUUUAAAGAAUACAUUAAAGAUGUUUCGGGAGAUUUUGCAGCCACAAAUAACCUACAAAUUUCAGCAGCGGCAGCAUCAGGGACAACAGCAACAACAACGAUGACCUCAACACCCACCAACAAUACCUUAGACAAUACAAUGUCUCAAUUAAUGUUAUCACCCAUUAAAACCCAGUCGGAAACAAGUGAUUCUUCGCUAUACAAAAGUUUAGAUCAAACGCAAACUUUGAUUAACAAUAAUGGCAAAGAACAGACCUUAUACAAAUCUUUGGAUGAAAGUAAACAGGGAAAUCCCUUUGAAGAUUCAGAUAAUGAAAAUACAAUUGCGGAAAGAAAAUCUGAAAAUGAGGAAAAUAACGAUGCUGAGAAGGUGGAAGAAGGUGAAGACGAAGAUGAUCAUUUGAAAUAUGUCUAUUCACGGACAGAUAAUGAUGAUUUGGAACAAUUUUCCGAGCGUGAAGAUGAUGAAGAAACGUACAUAGUCUAUGACACAUCAAAACAUAAUGAGGCCAUAUUUUUAACAAAAUCAUCGAACUUCUUAAGAGAACGGGAUCCUCUGACGGAAAAAACAAAAAACAAAUGGAGUUUAAAAAUUCUCGAAUCUUGUGAUCGCAUUAAAUCAAAUACAAUACGAUUGAAUUUCGACACCGUUAAAGUGGAUAAACAAGAACGUAUCUAUACAGUGGAGGAAGAUUUGUGCCAGGAACUGGAGAAAAAGCUACGUGAUAUAUUAUCUCAAAGGGAUUUAAGCGAAAUGAAUCAAACCAUUUAUCGCUGUGUCAACUGCAAUUGCCAGUUUUCACAAGAAAUUAAAAAUAAAAUACCAAAUAUGGAAGUCCGCUGUCCUGAUUGUAAAUCAUGUUUUGUGGCCGAAAUCCAUGUUAUACCCAAAUCAUUGGAAAAGACCAACAUUUUAAUGGACAAACUAUCGCCUGCCUCAAUUGUGGAGGAACUACCCACAAGCAUUGUACCUUUAAAUGUAGAGGAUGUUGCCAGCAUAGAAGUGGCCGAUGAUACAAACAGCAUUGGUAAAGGCAAAACAAGGCUUUCAACUAAUUCACUGCAAGCAACACAACUGAAACAACCUCUAAAAAGUUCAGCCACAUCUCUCAACGAAUCAUCGUGCUCGAAAAUCACCACAACCAACUCGGAAAGCUCGUUUAAUUCAAAUCAAUCCCUGGUGGGCAGCAGUAAUACAGAUCGUGAUUUAGAUUUUAAGACAAACGGUGAAAGUGACAUUGACAUCAUAUCCAAUCCGAGUCAAUCUAGCAUUGAAGUUCUCGAUCAAUUUGCCAGUCGUAAAACAUCCGAAGAAAGACGCAUCUCACACAUACCAAAUCUAGAGACAAUCGAUGAUCAGAGUUAUACACAAACAUUUUUGGAACGUGAAUUUGAUAAUAUGAUUAAUUAUGCACGCAAAGAUAAACCGGAAGAAUAUCCUGAAACGAUGACAGCUACCAAAGACCAAGAAAAACAGGGCGAAGAAAAAGAUGGCGCAAAAACGAAAAAAACUUCAACAUCAACAUUAGUGCAACAAAAUCUAACAGAGAGUAGUUCAUCCGGUUCGGUAACGGAUAGCAUAUGUACAGCCUAUGAACAGCAGGGAAAAGUGGCAGAGUUGAACAAUCAGUUUUUGCAGCACGAAGCGAAGGAGCAUAGCGGGAAUGUUGUGGAACCGAAAAAGGAUGAUAGCAGCAGUGAUGGAUUAUCGGUGUUUGGUGCCUUAAUGCAAUCGACGAGCAUACUUAUGAGCAGUUCCAAAAAACUCAUUGAUACCGAAAAACUAUCCAAUAUUAAAUCGGGAACGGUAAUACCACAAACUGCAACAACAACAGCUAUAUCAUCGACAACAAAAACAACAGCAGCAAAUCCAGAUCUUAAUUCAAGAGCUUUCAAAUUCAAUUAUACCGAUUUUAAUUAUAUCGAUCAUCGUUUAAAAUUAUAUUUCUAUCAAACGAAAUUCGAAGAGAAAGAUGAACAUUUCAAGUGGAUUGUCAAGGGUCGUAUUUACAAUGAGAAUACGAAACAAUUGAGCGAUGGCUGUGUGGUAAUGUCAAAUUGUAAAUUAUAUGUAAUGCAAAGUUACGCUGAAGAAAACGAUGAUGUUGCCAAGUGGUUGAGGCCCAUUGUUAGCUGUACAGUGGAUCGUUUGGAGAGUAUCCAAUUGCUGCCAUGGAAAAUCGGGUUGCAUUUUCUUUUGCGGGAUUGGGGUGGAUUUUUGUUGCUGCUGCAGGACAUCUUGAGAACGGAUUCGUUGAUGUUGUUCUUUGCAAAUAAUUCCUUACCUCCAAACUGUGAUCUACAAUACCAACCCAAUGAGCUAAUACUCAAGCGACUCAAUACAGCCGUAAUGGAUGAACAAUUGAAUAUGUGCUCGGUGCUAAAUGGCUGUGAGAUAACAUGUGAAAAUGCCAAACGUUCGUUUAGCAUUUGUUGUCUGCUCACCACAGAUUCCCGUUUAUAUUUAAGUUCGACCAAAGUUGGCUGGCUGUCGUCCAGCAGCGACCAUGGCAGCGAAGACCUGGAAUUGUGUGUCACUCAAUUCAUGUCGAAUUUAGUUGAGGUCGAACAUUGCAGCGAUAAUGUGUUUAUCAUCAAUUUCCUCGAUGAGACCCAAGACAAAUGUGAACUCUGGAAGUGUACAUUUGAAACGGCAGAAAAUGCCAAUACCUGUCUAAAUGCCAUAAAUCAAUCGUGGGAAAAACUAUUUGGUGUACCUUUAAUAAGUGCAUGAAAAGCAAAAAAUCAAAAAAAAAUCUUUUAAGAAACCUUUCAAAAAAUUGACAUUAUUGUAGAAAACAUA